AACAAGACAACAAACCGCUGCUGAGAGUCAGCGAAGAAGAGCAGCGACACAGGAGGAAGCUUUCCAGCUGUCUCCCCUCGACUUUUCCUCAAGAAAACAGUAAAGUUUAGUUUUUAUAAAGGCGUGAAGACACCGAUGAGCGCCAUGUCCCAGAAGAGAGACCUUAGAGUCUCCCCUUCGGUUCCCAGAAUCCGUGACGACUCCAGACUGAUGCGCAUGCACGAGUCCAUGGUGGAUUACCUGACCGGCCGCUCCACCUGCGGUACCUUCAUGCACAUGCUCGCUCCCUCUUUUUUCGGUUUAAAUGUUUUUGAGACGUUUGGGGACGACCUGGUCUAUUCAGAGGAGGAGGACGAGGGUCUGCACUCCCAUCUCUUUAACUCUUUAGAGCCACACCCACAAAUCCGGCAGCUGAAUGACGAGGAGGAGGCUGCAUUUACCAAAGAGGAGAGGGAGGAGGACGCUCGCCGCAGGGACCGAGCUGAGAAGAAUAAGCGGAAAAAAAUGCGGAAAAAAGCAAAGAAACGUCUGGAAAAAGAAAACGCACUCAGAGACACUUCACUUGUGGAAAAUCAUGACAAUGACGAAGACUCAGAAAGUCCAGAGUCACCUUUUAACCUUGAUGAAAACUCUCAGAGGACUGCUGAGGCAGCAGGAAGUGAUGAAGCUGGCAAAGAAGAUGAUGUGAGAGCGAAGAAGAACGGAAACCAUCUGUUGAAGGACUUGCAGGAUCUGGGCUUUCAGAGUUCAGCCGCUCCAUCAGCCCCUGGGGGAAAGGGGACCCCUCCCAGAAACAAAGGCAGAGCGGGGGAGGAACGGCCAAAGGCUAUGCACAACCAUGAACAGUACCUAGAUGUGGAGGACUUGUGGACCCUUUUUGCUGAAUCUUCUUUUGACGAGACGCGUGAUGAAAAAGCAACCGAAGAAGAAGAAAAGGCUCGUCAUGCCCCACAGAACAAAGACACAGGAGGAAAGAAGGAGCAGGACUCCACUGCACAGACCGCUGUAGAUCGUCCAGCAGAGGAGUUUGCAAAAAGGAGCGUAGAUCUUGCCAAUGCGGGGAACCGCUUGGCGGCUUCAGGACAGUUUGAGCUGGCUGUCAAAUGUUUCACUGAUGCCAUUCGAUACAACCCCAUGGAGUUCAAGUUGUUUGGAAAUCGCUCCCUGUGCUUCGAGCGGCUGCAGCAAUAUGGAAACGCCCUUCGGGAUGCUGAGCUGGCGCUCUCUCUGGAACCAAACUGGAUCAAGGGUCUGUUCCGGAAAGGAAAAGCUCUCUGCGGCCUGAAGAGGUACUACGAAGCCUCGCUGGUCUACAAGGAGGUUCUGAAGCUGGACAGUACGAGUGCUGAUGCUGUGCAGGAGCUGAAGAAGGCGCAGACCCUGCACCUCAUGGAGAUGGGGUUCUCCUGGGUAAAGAGCUCUGAGGCCCUGAGGGCUCACCCCUCGCUGGAGGAGGCCGUGGAGGCUCUGUUCGCUGCGGAGGGCGGUCCGGGUCAUGCAGUGCUUUCGGCCGGGUGCGAGGCACAGCAGGAGGAAGAUGACGAUGAGGGCGAGUGGGUCGUCCUGCAGGGACGCUCUCCACGGUCUUCACAGAGCCAAGUGUCUGAGGCUUCGGACCAAACCAGACCCAAAUCAAAGUCCCCGCCCCCCUCCAGCAGGAGUCUUACCAAAGAGAGCCUUUUCUCCGUGUGGGUGGGAACGUUGGCCCCCUCCAUGACCUACGUGAAACUCCACGAACUCUUCAGCAGAGCUGGAACCGUCUACAGCAUCAAGAUGCUGCUGGAGCAGCAGUGUGCCAUUAUUUAUUACACCAGGAGAGAGGACUGUGAACAAGCCAUCCACUGCCUUCAUGGGAUGGUGGUGGAGGGGGCUCCUCUGACCGUACGGCAUCCCUAUAACACUAACGGUGGCAAACCCGGUUCAAGUCUGCAAAAGAAGGAGUGCUUCUUCUGGAGGACAACGGGCUGCACAAGGCCAGACUGCACCUUCAAGCACGUCCCUGAGCACAAGAACAUUGACAAAGACAAAUUUACUAGCCGACUGGGACAGGGAGGCCACACAGGGGGCCAUCAGUGAAGACUGGCAUGCUGGGUAUUCUGCUUUGUAGACGGGCAUUCAGCCGUCACAGCUGCAUGAACGUAGCCUCAAACGAGCUGCACUUAUGUUAUUACAGUCUUAUAAUCGUGCCUUAAUGCUCAAGAUGUGCCUCUGGGUUUUGUUGGUUUAAGAGUUUAAACCUUAACGUUUAAUGUUAUUUCUUCAAGAGAUGGAUGAAAAAAAACCGUCUUGAGUUUGCUGUCACCACCAGGUGGCGUUGUUGAGUUUUCUCUGGUGGGAGUGUUGUUCAUUUUUAAUGCUGGGGAUCUCAGGAGUGUUUCAGUUGGCCUUGAAUCAUAUUUAUGCGGUUUUAUGCAAAAUGAUUUUAUGUUAAAAUAAAAUAAAAAUGAAAAGAUGAAGUUGCUGCCAAAAUAACUCCAUUGAGGAGUCUGUUGUGGCAUUUUUCUGAAGUUGACGUUCGCAAAUGGCCUUUGGAGGAGAUUGGCUGGAGUAUCUGCUGCCUGUUCAUGCUCACUUUGUUGAAAAAAUGUUGUUUUUAAAAGCCUUAGGGGGCUUAAGUCAAACUCCACAUAAAAAACAGUGUGUUUGUUGUUCCUGCUCAGAAAUGGUCGCUACAGGACAACAGAAAGCAAAAAAACUGUUGACCAUCUCCAGGGCUCGCUUAACGAAAUCCUCCUCUUUUGAGUGUUAAACUUCAAAGAAUUAUUAAUUAAUCAAUAUUCAAUAAACAGAGUAUAAAUUUGAUUAAUUAUUGUUCAAAUGAAGCUGUAAUUCGCUCUAAAUAAGUGUCCUCUGCUGUUGAGUACAAUGAUGUGAAUAAACCAUUCUUCAGAUGUC